AGUAACGGACAUGUACCCGUUGUUAAUGAAAGAAAUCCAAACAAUUGUUAAAAUAUAUUCCGUCUCUUAGACUGUAAAUAUAGAUAAGCGGAUGUCUAAAUACAUAAUCUCAAUACAUCGUAUUUGCACAGCGGGGAGGCGAAUUAUCUUGAACACUGAAAACCCAACGGUGACACCUCUGUGGUGUUUGUGGUCUGUUACCUGUCACACGGGUCCUGAGGUUGUCUCACAGCUGAAGGAGAAAAAAGGAGCCUCCAAUAACCAGGUAACAAAAAGGCUCAGAAAAGAAAGAUCUUCAUGUCAGCCAGUACUGGACCUCUUUGACCAGCAGUACAGUCAGGAACUUGGAGACUUGUGGGCACCUGCGAGAGCGGUGCUUCUGGACCCUCGCUCUUGGCAGUAUGGUGUUAUGCUCAACCGCUUCAGCGCUGUGACAGGCAUCACACAGAUUCUUCAAUCCCAGGGUUUUUCCACAUUGCUUCUGCAAACAGAUGCCUCAACAUCGCUUUGUAAUGGCCCCUCAACAGCGUCAAAUUCUAAACACCAGGCAGGAAAAGACUCUUUGUUGCCACCUGACUACAUCUCCAAGUGCCUUCCUAAUGCCUCCCAUCUGCAGCCUGACAGCACCUCUCAUGCACUCGGUCAAGACCUUCAAUCAGAGCCUUCACUCAGUUUGCUCCGUCCUACAUUGCAAUGUUACAUCCAUCCAUAUCCGCUGCGGUUUCCCUCUCAGGCUCACAGGCCUGGCCAGCUGAAGCAGUACUACCUCCUGAAUGCUGCCUCCCUGCUUCCAGUGUUGGCUUUGCAAGUCAGAGAUGGGGAGAAGGUUUUGGAUCUUUGCGCUGCUCCUGGGGGCAAAGCCUUGGCCAUAAUGCAGUGUGCCACCCCAGCACUCCUCUGCUGUAAUGAACCAGACCCGCACAGACGGGACUGGCUGGCCAAAACCCUGGAGUCUUUUCUGCCUCGCUCACUAAUCAGCAGAGUGAUUGUGUCUGCACAGGAUGGACGGUCAUUUGGGCAGAGUGAAGCAGGAACAUAUGACAAGGUUUUAGUCGAUGCUCCAUGUUCUAAUGACAGGAGCUGGUUGUAUUCUUGCAGCAGCCAGCAGGGGGAACAGAGACUAAAGGAAAGAGCCAGGCUGCCUGCACUCCAGGCUCAGCUGCUUAGGUCUGCACUGUCAGCAGUGCGUCCAGGGGGCGUUGUGGUCUAUUCAACUUGCACUCUGUCCAGCUCUGAGAACUGUGCUGUGGUUGAGACUGUGCUGAAUGACUGUCCUGAGGCUGUACCCGAAGACCUUUGGGAGGAGAUUGCCAGUCCUUUAUCAAAAUACUUUACAUUUAGUCCUGCUCACCCUGGUCAUGGACAGACACCUCAAAAGCCAUCCCUGCAGCCACAGAAUGGCACUUCGUCCUCUUAUCAUCACAGACUUGGCAUUUUAGUGGUCCCUCAGCCCGGCAAGACCUGGGGACCCAUGUUUUUGUCUCGGAUUAGAAGAAGGAAAUAGUGUGUGGAUCCUCCUGUGCAGAAAAGAUAUGUGGAAACAAAUGGCUAAACAUGCAUGUUUCUUUUGUCUGACUUUUGUUACUCGUGGGUUUUUGAAGAUGCAAGUGGAAGUUGCUUGUAUCUCAAUCACACAAACUGGCAAACAGACUAAUUCACAUUUAGCACACUGAAAACUCUACACAGUGCCAACCACUGAUGGGCGGACUGAUCCGAGUUGAUACAUUUAAAUGUAUCGAGCCUUUUUAACCUUUCCAGUUUUUGCAAAAUAUGGUGUCAGUUCCUCAGUGACACCCCAUAAAAGUACAUGGACAUUCGACAGUUGGUGCUGCCUGCUCCACAAAUCUCUGUUCAGUUCAUUAUCAGUCAUCAUGUAUUAAUAAAGAUCAAAUAUUCAUUUUAA